AUGAACUUGGUCCUCACGACCCCGGCGGCUGAAAACUCUAAUUCAAUCAGCAAUCAGCAAAUACUUGUCAUUUACAAUAAACAGUUGGUAAAAAAGAAGGCCCUGUCCAAAAUUAAAGUUAGAGGGAAGACAACCGCUCCUGACCAAAAAUCCGAAAGCAUAGAAACUUUCGAUUUUAAUUUCAGGGAAACCGUUCUAAGGCUAAUCCGAAAGCGAAGUUGUUCCAAGGCCAGAAAGCAUAAAAGCUUAUUUCAGGAAGACGUUCCAAGACCAAAAAUUCGAAAGCAUAAAGGCUUUCAUCAGGAAGAUCGUUCCAAGGGCGAAAAUCCGAAAGCAUAUUCGGUGAAAGCACAGACUCACGUCAUCAGCUCUUUGAUGACUACCCGCCAUAGCG